AUGGCCAUCAACCGCCUCUACUACUACGUCCUGGCCAUCGCAGUCUCGGCUUUUCUUUGCUCAUCCCACAUUAAGACUGAGUGGCCACAGCGUGGUUGGAAGCCGCAUAGCUCUAUGGGCAACGUGUGGAAGUGGGAUCAAGAAAUCAAGAAAGGUGGGCCAAGGAUAAGAAAGGAAAGUCGACGAGUAAACAUGAAGGAGCAAGACCUAGUCGGUCGAAGCGCAGAGAGCGAUCACGAGCACCCGACCCAAGAAGACGCCGACACGAAGAUGGCGGACGAAACAGAAGUGAAGGGCGCGAGCGACGACAGCAUCGAUACCGUACCGAAGAAGAGGAGUACGGAGAGCCCGCCGUGUUCUUCGACAACACUGGCGGACCGAUCGUCACAACAGUCGUCUGAUACAGCGACACCACACUCGUCACUAGCAGCAGAUCCCACAUCAGAAGCUACCACAUCAGACCUGCCAACCCCUGCCCCUUCAGCUCCUCGAAUCGGUAAACUACACAAGCGACGUGCCUCUACUUCGCCCGAAAAGUUCAACACUGGCAAAUUCGAGCCAUUGCCACUACAGACCACCGUCAACCCACACAAACGCCCAAGGCUCGAGAACAAGCUCGAGAUCAAGUAUGACGAGGAUGGUACUCCUCGAAUUGCUUCCGUCACUCCCUCAUAUGCGUUACCUUCUGGUCGCACAAACGUAGGCUCAACACUCCUCAAUCCAAAGUAUCGACAGAUCCCACCUACGACUUCUCGACGACCUUUCAGUGUCCUGAACGCUAUACUCCGCAAUGGAGACCUCAUCAAGCAUCUCGUUAGCUGUCUCCCGAUUCCAGCACUCAUCACUCUAUACGCCAUCAGCAAGCCUUUCCAUUACCUAUUCAAUGGCGCCUAUACUGCUUACAUACUGGAGAACAUGCGAACCUGGGCACCCGGCGCGGACAAGAUUUACCCCUGGCGUUGCUAUGCCGAAUUAUGCAUCAAGGACCCCAGACUUAGGCAGAAGAGUCUAUGGAAAGGGCAGGAUGUGAGCAAGAAGUAUGGAGACCUUCGCGAUUUACCUAGUAUCCGCUGGCUGCAGAUGGUGGCAUGGCGAUAUGCGAUUUGCAAAGACAUGCUCAUCCAGCUGGCAACGAAGGGUCUGCGCUGUCCUGCUGGUACUCUGGAUGCAGUAAGACGGGUGUGGUUCAUCAUGGACUUGCCACUGAAUGCUCACCGCAUCGCGCUGAUGAGGAGUGACUCAUACAUCACAAUCAAGACCUUGUUUCGAGCAACGACGUUCUUCCUCAAGGUGGACAUGUACUUCACCGAUCCAGCCGCACCGAUAAUACCACACAACACCGGUACCAUGAAUCCAGCUAUGCAUCCACCACAGUGGCAGGGUAGCAGCUUCACAGGUGUGCCUUUCCGUAAGCUACUCACUGCUGAACGCCAUCUCACCUCCCUCUGGCGAGUCCUCCGUGGCUGGGGUCCAGAUUCAGCGACCGGUAUGAUGGCCAUGACUCGCCUCGACCUUCUCAAACUCUGGGUCCGGCACAAGUACCAUCUACCAGUAGAUGUUCCAGACCACGUCAAGCGUCAAAGCAUCAUGGGCGUCCCGUGGGACAAAAUCGGCAUAGCCAACCUCGAACGCACAAGCGUUUCGAUCAUCAAGCUUUCUUCGGGCGGCACCACAGCUAUUUUGCACCCAGCCAUCUUCUCCAAAGCGACCAACAACACCCAUCAAGAACAACAGCUCCUCUAUCCACACGCCAAGCGCCUGCUUCUACCUACCACAAAACCCCGGGAAGAACUCUUGCGUCCGGAUGAAUUGAUCAUGAAGGAAGGUGUUAGACGCAAGGGACAGCUGCAUAGAGGGUGGGCGAGAGCAAUGUUAUGGGGCUUUUGUGACGAUUUUGGGAGGAACUUGCCACUGCGGACGGAAAAGGAACUGCUUGAGUGGAGUCAGGGAAAAGGGUCCAAGAGCUACUUCAUUCGGAAUGAGGAUAUUGAGAAGGCGAGGGCGGAAAUGAUCAGGAGGAUGAGGAAGGAUGAUGAGGAGGCGGAGAAGGCGAAAGGCGAGGCAGAGGACAUUGUAGGCGCAGAGAUUGGGGAUCAAGAAGUCUCCAAGCAGUAA